AUGGAAGACAUCGUACAUAUUAUACCAGACGUUACGGCGUUGGUCAACCUUAGUAUCUGGCUUGAUACACGAUUCGAGCGGACUGGAUCGAUGGACGACCUCAACCGUGCUAUCGAAGUUACCAAUAUGGCAGUGAAUUCCACACCUGAUGACCACCCUGACCGAGCCGAUCAAUUGAAUAACCUUGGUGUCCGGCUUAAUACACGAUUCAAGCGGACCGGAUCGAUUGACGACCUCAACCGUGCUGUCGAAAUUGCGGAUAUAGCGGUGGACUCCACACCUGAAGACCACCCUAUCCGCGCCAGGGGGUUGAAUAAUCUUGGUGCUUGGCUUGGUAGGCGAUUUGAGCGGACCGAAUCGAUGGAAGACCUCAACCGUGCCAUCGAAGUUACCAAUAUGGCAGUGAAUUCCACACCUGAAGACCACCCUGACCGAACCGAUUGGCUGAACAACCUUGGUAUUUGGCUUAAUGCGCGAUUUGAGCGGACUGGAUCAAUGAACGACAUGACCUGUGCUGUUCAAGCUGUGAGCAUGGUAGUGGCCUCUACACCUGAAGACCACCCUGACCGAGCUGGUCGGUUGAAUAAUCUUGGUACCUGGCUUGGUAGGCGCUUUGAGCGGAUCGGAUCAAUAGACGACCUCAACCGUGCUGUCGAAGUUGUGGAUAUGGCAGUGGAUGUCACGCCUGACGACCACCCUGGCAGAGCUGGUUGGUUGAAUAAUCUUGGAAACUGUCUUGGUUGGCGAUUCGAGCGGACUGGAUCGAUGGACGACCUCAACCGUGCUGUCGAAGUUGUGUUUAUUGCAGUGAAAUCUACACCUGAAGACCACCCUGACCGAUCCGGUUGGUUGAAUAAUCUUUGUAGCCAGCUUGGUAGGCGGUUUAAGCGGACUGGAUCGAUAGACGACCUUAACCGUGCUCUUGAAGUUGAGGAUAUGGCAGUGGACGCUACGCCUGACGACCACCCUGACCGAGCUGAUCGGUUGAAAAACCUUGGUAGCCUGCUUGGUAGGCGAUUUGAGAGGAUUGGAAUGAUGGACGACCUCAACCGUGCUAUCGAAGUCACCGAUAUGGCAGUAAAUUCUACAUCUGAUAACCACCCUGCCCGAGCUGGUUGGUUGAACAAUCUUUGUAGCCAACUUGGUAGUCGAUUCGAGCGGACUGGUUCAAUGGACGACAUCAACCGUGCUGUCGAAGUUACGAACAGGGCAGUGGAGUCUACACCUGAAGACCACCCUGACCGAGGCGCCUGGUUGAACAAUCUUGGACACUGGCUUGGUGCGCGAUUCAAGCGGACCGGAUCGAUGGACGACCUCAACCGUGCUAUCGAAGUCACCGAUAUGGCAGUGGAGUCUACACAUGAAGACCACCCUGAUCGAGCUGAUCGGUUGAAAAACCUUGGUAGCCUGCUUGGUAAGCGAUUUGAGAGGAUUGGAAUGAUGGACGACCUCAACUGUGCUAUCGAAGUCACCGAUAUGGCAGUAAAUUCUACAUCUGAUGACCACCCUGCCCGAGCUAGGAGGUUGAAUAAUCUUGGAAACUGUCUUUGUAUACGAUUCGAGCGGACUGGAUCGAUGGACGACCUCAAUCGUGCUAUUGAAGUUACCAAGAUGGCAGUGAAUUCCACACCUGAAGACAACCCUGACCGAGCUGGGAUGUUGAAUAGUCUUGGAAACUGUCUUGGUUGGCUAUUCGAGCGGACUGGAUCGAUGGACGACCUCAACUGUUCUAUUAAAGUUACCAAUAUGGCAGUGAAAUCCUCACCUGAAGACUGCUCUAGCCGAGCCACGUGGCUGAAUAAUCUUGGUGUCUCUCUUGGUUUGCGAUUUGACCGGACUGGAUCAAUGGAAGAUCUCAACCAUAGUAUUAAGGCCGCGGAGAUGGCUGUGAAUUUCAGGCCUGAAGACCACCCUGACCGAAUCGGUUCGGUGAAUAAUCUUGGACUCCAGCUUAGUAGGCGAUUCGAGCGGACUGGAUCGAUAGACGAUAUCAACCGUGCUAUCGAAGUUACCGAUAUCGCAGUGAAUUCCACACCUGAAGACAACCCUGACCGAGCUGGGAUGUUGAACAAUCUUGGGCACCAGCUUAGUAUGCGAUUUGACAGGACUGGAUCAAUGGACGACAUCAACCGUGCUAUCGAAGUUACCGAUAUGGCAGUCAAUUCUACACCUGAUGACCACCCCAACCGAGCUGGUUGGUUGAAUAACCUUGGAAACUGUCUUGGUCGGCGAUUCCAGCAGACUGGAUCGAUGGACGACCUCAACUGCGCCCUAUCGGCCUAUAAAGAUGGCUGGAAUUGCCGUAGCGCUGCUCCGUCUAUCCGCAUCAGCCUAGCCAAAUAUGCCGCCAGCAUUCUGGCCUCGCGGUCCAAUUGGGACGAAUCGAGUCAGUUGCUCCGAGAGGCUGUGGACCUGCUUCCUGCCGUGAGCCCACGGUCCUUAAAGCACACCGACAAGCAGGAAAUGCUCGCAGCCUUUGCUGGCUUGGCUUCUAUGGCCGCUGCGGCUGCUCUUAAUGCUGGAAAAACAGCUCAUCACGCCUUGCAACUUCUCGAACUCGGUCGCGCCAUUAUAGCUGGCCUGCUGAUAGAAAUGCGCGGGGAUAUCUCCGAUCUCAAGCAACAGCACCCUGAUCUGGCAGAUACAUUCGUAUCUCUUCGAGACGAGCUAGAUUCGCCAGUAGAUCGAACAAUAACUUUGAGCUCCACUGAUCAUACGUUAUCCUGGGAGUCUCAAGCAUCUCGACGCCGUGACGCGGACCAAAAAUUUAGCGAGACCCUAGCAAAGAUUCGUGCCAAGACAGGCUUCCACAACUUUCUUCUGCCGCCGACCCCAGAUGAGUUGAUGGCCGCAGCAGAUCCGGACCCUAUCGUCGUCGUCAAUUUAAGCUCUUAUCGCUGCGAUGCAUUCCUUGUCCAACGCACUUAUAUCAGGGCAUUGGAAUUACCCACCCUCACACUACAAGAGGUCCAAGAGCGGACCCAAGAGCGGACCCAAGAUCUGCCAUCAACUUCCCUUGCUGCCUCUUCCUACACAACAUCACUGUUGGAGUGGCUCUGGGAUAGCGUCAGUCGUCCGGUUCUAGAAGCACUCGGUUUCAACAACCCUGUUUCUGAUAACAAUUGGCCUCGAGUGUGGUGGAUUCCCACUGGCAUACUGAGCCAACUACCACUUCAUGCAGCAGGAUACCAUACGCGGGGAUCCACUGAGACUGUCUUGGAUCGAGUCAUGUCCUCGUAUGCUUCUUCGAUCAAGUCGUUGAUAUUUGGGCGUCGACACCAUAUUCGCCAACCCGCAGGGCCCCUAUCAGACCAUGCUCUCCUGGUUGCUAUGGGCCAAACACCCGGAUUAACCACUAGUCAAGCCCUUCCAUAUGCUGAAAAGGAGAUCGAAAUGUUGGACGACCUCUGUCCCUCACUUCAGUUAAAACCAAUUAGGACAGCACAUCGUAAGGAGAAUAUUUUGAAACACCUACAGGGGUGUAGGGUAUUCCAUUUCGCAGGACACGGGCAGUCAGAUCCAGCAGAGCCUUCGCAAAGUCGUUUACUUCUCGAGGAUUGGACCACCGACCCCUUAACUGUUGACGACCUCCGUGACUAUAAGCUCCAUGAAAACCCGCCGUUUCUCGGAUAUCUCUCUGCUUGUUCUACUGGCGCCAACACGGCGAAUAGGCUGGCAGAUGAGGGAAUCCAUCUUGUCAGCGCCUUCCAACUAGCUGGUUUCCGACACGUUGUUGGGACGCUCUGGGAAGUCUCAGACAAGCACUGUGUGGAUGUGGCGAGGGUGCUCUACGAGACCCUACGGGAUGAAGGGAUGACGGACGUAGCGGUUUGCCGAGGACUGCACCGGGCCCUUCGAGAGUUGCGCGCCGGACAUAUUGACACGGGCAGGACACAAGAAAGGCCUUUCAUCUGA